AAGGAAAGCCAAACAAACGCAGAGACACAGCUAACGAGAAAACAAAUUUCUUCAAGAGGAAGAGAAAGGGAAGGAAAGCGCGAGAAAAUAGUUGCAGAGAAGAGGGUUCGGAUUUCAGUUCUGGUUUCACAGAAGGGGGUUUAAGGUCCGGCAUUGUCAGCUUUCUGCAACAAUAGCUUCCUUAACGUGACCUCCCCUCUGCUCCUUCAUUUCUUCCCGGAAAAAGAAAACCAAAAAAAUGCAGUUAUAAUGACGUUAAAUUUAUUGAUGGAUAGAGAGGUAGAGGCAAAGCCUGAGGAGCGAAUGUCUCGUUUGGUUUUAGGGAAGAGAUUGGAUCUUUUAGCAACGGCAUUUUGUCGGAAUGGAAGAAUCUAUUGAUGAUACAUUGGCAUUUUAUUGAUAUCGAAUCUAAUCUGAUAAACAAUAUUGUAAAAAAUGGUUGCUUCGACAAAUAUACUUGUUGGAUCUUUUGUUUGGGUGUUGGAUCCUGAGGUAACUUGGAUUGAUGGAGAAGUUUUGAAAGUUAACGGUGAAGAGAUUACAGUGAAAGUUUCAUCUGGAAAGACAGUUGUUGUUAAAGCAUCUGAUGUUCAUCCAAAGGAUCCUGAAUUUCCUCUAGAUGGUGUGGAUGAUAUGACAAAGCUGGCAUAUUUGCAUGAGCCAGGGGUUCUGUUCAAUCUUAAAUGUAGAUAUGAUACAAAUGAAAUAUAUACUUACACGGGAAAUAUAUUGAUUGCUGUCAAUCCUUUUCGAAGACUUCCUCAUUUAUAUGGUAAUGAUAUAAUGGGAAAGUAUAAAGGGGCAGCCAUUGGUGAGCUAAGCCCGCAUCCAUUUGCUGUUGCAGAUUCAGCAUACAGACAAAUGAUCAACGAGGGAAUAAGUCAAGCAAUUUUGGUUAGUGGGGAAAGUGGAGCUGGUAAAACAGAGAGUACAAAGAUGCUUAUGCGGUAUUUAGCCUAUAUGGGUGGGAAACCUGGAUCUGAGGGAAGGUCUGUGGAGCAACAAGUUUUAGAGUCCAAUCCUGUUCUGGAAGCAUUUGGUAAUGCUAAGACUGUCAGGAAUAACAAUUCAAGUCGUUUUGGUAAGUUUGUGGAGAUUCAGUUUAACAAGAUGGGGAAGAUAUCAGGAGCUGCCAUUAGGACUUAUCUACUGGAACGAUCCCGUGUUUGCCAAGUGUCUGAUCCUGAGAGAAAUUAUCACUGCUUUUACAUGCUGUGUGCUGCUCCUCAGGAGGAUGUCAAGAAGUACAAGUUGGGAAAUCCUAAAACGUUUCAUUAUCUCAAUCAAUCAAACUGCUGCGAACUGGAUGGAGUGGAUGAUUCUGAUGAGUAUCUCGCUACUAGAAGGGCUAUGGAUGUCGUGGGGAUAAAUUCUGAUGAGCAGGAUGCAAUAUUUCGAGUUGUGGCUGCAAUACUACAUAUAGGCAACGUUGAGUUUGGAAAGGGAGAUGAAGUAGAUUCUUCUCAGCCCAAGGAUGAUAAAGCUUGGUUCCAUCUGAAGACAGCGGCUGAACUGUUCAUGUGUGAUGAAAAGGCUCUUGAGGACUCCUUAUGCAAACGUGUGAUCGUGACUCGUGAUGAGAGCAUAACAAAAGCACUUGAUCCUGGUGCUGCAGCUAUCAAUAGAGAUGCUUUCGCCAAAACUGUCUAUUCGAGAUUAUUUGAUUGGCUUGUGGACAAGAUUAAUAACUCUAUUGGUCAAGACCCUGAUUCCACAUCCUUAAUUGGGGUUCUGGAUAUAUAUGGAUUCGAGAGUUUCAAGACAAACAGUUUUGAGCAGUUUUGUAUCAAUUUAACCAAUGAAAAGCUGCAGCAACAUUUCAAUCAGCACGUUUUCAAGAUGGAGCAAGAAGAAUAUACAAAAGAAGAAAUUAAUUGGAGUUACAUAGAAUUCAUUGAUAAUCAGGAUGUCCUUGAUCUUAUUGAAAAGAAACCAGGCGGCAUCAUUGCUCUUCUUGAUGAGGCUUGUAUGUUUCCCAGAUCAACAUAUGAGACAUUUGCUCAAAAGCUUUAUCAGACUUUUAAAGAUCACAAGCGCUUCAGCAAGCCUAAGUUGUCACGCACUGAUUUCACUAUUUGUCAUUAUGCUGGUGAUGUAACAUACCAAACUGAGCAAUUUCUGGAUAAAAACAAAGAUUAUGUUGUUGCCGAGCACCAAGCUCUCCUUAGCGCAUCCAAAUGCUCAUUUGUUUCAAGCCUUUUCCCACCAUUGCCUGAGGAUUCUUCAAAAUCAUCAAAGUUCUCAUCAAUAGGUUCUCGCUUUAAGCAACAACUGCAAGCUUUGCUUGAAACACUGAGUGCCACUGAGCCACACUAUAUUCGCUGUGUAAAGCCAAAUAAUGUUCUGAAGCCAGCCAUCUUUGAGAACACUAAUGUUUUACAGCAACUACGUUGUGGUGGAGUCAUGGAGGCAAUUCGGAUUAGUUGUGCAGGAUAUCCCACUAGGAAGAUGUUUGAUGAAUUUGUUAGUCGUUUUGGCAUCUUGGGACCAAAUGUUGUCAAAAGCUGUAAAGGGCCUACCGCUUGCCAGAAGCUUUUGGAGAGUGCAAAGCUUCAAGGUUUUCAGAUUGGCAAAACAAAAGUGUUUCUCAGAGCCGGUCAAAUGGCAGAACUAGAUGCUCGUCGAAGUGAGGUGUUAGGAAGAUCUGCAGCCAUCAUUCAGAGGAAAGUUCGUACAUAUUUUUGUCGCAAAGCCUUUCUCUUAUUGCGGCAGUCUGCCAUUGAUAUCCAAAAAUUGUGCAGAGGCCAAAUAGCACGUCAUCAGUAUGAAUGCCUGAGAAGAGAAGCUGCUUCUCUGAAGAUCCAGAAAAAUUGUCGGAAGUAUCUUGCAAGGAAAGCUUACAAGAGUCUGUGUGCUUCAUCUAUUUCUAUUCAGACAGGCAUGCGUAGAAUGGCUGCUUGUCUUGAGCUUGAGUUCAGGAGACGGAAAAGAGCUGCGAUUGUGAUCCAGAGUUAUUGCCGAAAAUAUUUAGCCUCCCGUUAUUAUUCGAGGUUAAAGAAAGCAGCACUUAUCAUGCAAUGCGCCUGGAGGAGAAGAGUUGCACGCAGAGAACUACGUAAGCUUAAAAUGGCUGCUAAGGAGACUGGUGCUCUGCAAGAGGCCAAAGUUAAGCUUGAAGAGCAAGUUAAAGAACUUACCUUGUGUCUGGAGCAGGAGAAAAGAAUGAGGGCUGAUCUCGAGCAAGCCAAAACACAGGAAACUGCAAAAUUACAAUCAGCUUUGCAAGAGAUGCAACUUGAAUUCGACGAAACUAAAGCUCUGCUUAUUAAGGAGCGUGAGGCUGCAAAGAAAGCUAGUGAACAAGCACCUAUCAUACAGGAGGUUUCAGUUGUUGACCAUGAAUUAGUGAAUAAACUCACUGCUGAAAUUGAAAUGCUCAAGGAGCGUGAGGCUGCAAGGAAAGCUAGUGAACAAGCACCUAUCAUACAGGAGGUUUCAGUUGUUGACCAUGAAUUAGUGAAUAAGCUCACUGCUGAAAUUGAAAUGCUCAAGAUCUCAGCCGCCAACCAUGAAUUAGCGAAUAAACUAACUGCUGAAAAUGAACUGCGCAAGGUCUCAGCUGUUGACCAUGAGUUAGUGGGUAAACUCACUGCUGAAAAUGAAAUGCUCAAGAAUGGCUCUCCACAGGUUUCAGCUGUUGACCAUGAAUUAAUCAGUAAACUUACUGCUGAUAAUGAAAUGCUCAAGAAUGCCUCUCCACAGGUCUCAGCUGUUGACCAUGAAUUAAUCAGUAAACUUACUGCUGAAAAUGAAAUGCUCAAGGUCUCAGUUGUUGACCAUGAAUUAGUGAGUAAACUUACUGCUGAAAAUGUAAAGCUCAAGGAUAUGGUAAGUUCACUGGAGAAGAAAAUUGAUGAAACAGAGGGGAAAUAUGAAGAAACAUUUAAGCUUAGUGAAGAACGAUUAAAGCAAGCAUUGGAUGCAGAGACAAAAAUUAUUGAGUUGAAAACUUCCAUGCAGAGGCUCGAAGAAAAACUUGCUGAUUUGGAGGCUAAAGAUGAAGUUCGGCAGCAAGCAUUGUCCAUUUCAUCUGGCAAAACACUAUCAGAACAUUUAGCAAUUACAUCUCAGGCUCUCGAGAAUGGUCAUCAUGAACCACAGAGUCCGUCACCUCAGAAAACGUUGGGUACAGAUGAAGACAAAAAGUUUAGGAUUGAACGGUUACAUGAGAGUGUGGAUGCUCUGAUUAAAUGCGUAGAACAAAAUCUUGGUUUUUGUCAAGGAAAACCUGUUGCAGCAAUUACUAUAUAUAGAUGCCUUGUUCAUUGGAGAUCAUUUGAAGUAGAAAAAACUAGUGUAUUUGAUCGUCUCAUUCAAACAAUUGGUUCUGCUAUGGAGAACCCAGAUGACAAUGAUCAUAUGGCCUAUUGGUUAUCUAAUACAUCUUUGCUGUUAUGCUUACUUCAUCGGACUUUAAAAGGAAGUCAAAAGCCACCUGUCCCAACGUCAUUUUUUGGCAGGAUGACUCAGAGUUUUCGUUCAUCCCCUUCUUCAUCAAGCCUUAGAGUUGGAAAAGAUACAAUACAGCUUGUUGAGGCUAAAUAUCCAGCACUGUUGUUUAAGCAGCAGCUUACAGCAUAUGUCGAAACACUAUAUGCAAUCAUUCGAGACAAUUUAAAGAAAGAGUUGUCACCACUGGUUUCUUCCUGUAUCCAGGUACCCAGUGCAUCAGAAGGAACUGCAUUAAAUUCAAAUCCGGCUAAUCACUGGCACAGCAUGGUUGAGAGCCUGGAUGGGAUGCUGAUCAAAUUCAAAGAAAAUUUUGUACCUCAGAUUCUUGUGCAGAAGAUUUUUACUCAAAUUUUCUCACACAUCAAUGUGCAGUUGUUUAAUAGUCUUCUUCUUCAUCGAGAAUGCUGCACAUUCAGCAAUGGGGAAUAUGUCAAGGCUGGUCUUGCUGAAUUAGAACUAUGGUGUGGCCAAGCAAAAGAAGAGUUUGUAGGCUCAUCUUGGGAUGAACUUAGACAUACAAGGCAAGCUGUUGGAUUCUUGGUUAUACACCAGAAGUCAAAAAUGUCCUAUGAAGAAAUUAAAAAUGACCUUUGCCCUGUCCUGAGUGUUGAACAGCUUUACAAAGUAUGCAUGCAAUAUGGGGAUGAAGAUCACAAUACUGAAAGUGUUUCUCCAGAUAUCAUUUCCAACAUGAAAGCUCAGACGGAGGACUCCAACAUUGAAGAUAUCAAAACCCUUUCAUUGCAUGAAGAUUCCAGUAUUCCUUUCUCAAUCGAUGAGGUUUCUCGUUCUCUCCAAGACAAUGAUUUUUCAGAUGUAAAACCUGCUUUAGAACUUCUCGAGAAUCCGGACUUCGAAUUUUUAAAGGAAUAAGGCUGCAGUUCUUAAUUUUAUCAGUGAAGUUCCAGUCAAUGCCAUACGACAGUAAAUUGGCCUCCAUUUUUUUAUAUUCCCCCCCCCCCCCCCC